AUGGCCGCGUCUGAGAACUCGGAGGACUUGCCGGGGAUACAGGCGUGCCGGAGGAUUCUCGAGACCAUCGGGGCGGCCAUCGAGCAAUUCCAGUUCAGCCCCAGACUUACUAUUUCAGAUAAUUUAAAGGUUGGCUUUUUCACGUCUGACCAUGCAACUCAAACAGAUUGUAGUGAAAUUGUGCCAUUACAAGAUUUGAGUCUAUCAACACAAGAGUUAAUGAAGAUGAUUAAAUCACUUCAGGUGGAUUUUGGAUUCCUCAAAGAUUUGAUUCAAUUGAAGUUUGAGGAUCGACUUAGAGAGGAGUCUUGGAAUGUCGUCAGUUCUCUAAACGACAGAAUUAAAGAUAUGCAAAAAAUUUAUCGACAGGCUGAAGACAGCAUGAGAAAAAGCUUUCAGCAGCAGUUAACUGAUGCAAUAGCCAUCAUCAAAGGAAUGUACAAGAGGUACUUUGACAUGGAAGCAGAGAAAGCUGCCUUGCAGGACGCAGCAAGUAGCAAGAUGAAUUUUUUGGCAAGAAAACUGAGAGAGAAAGAAGAACUUCUUAAGGAGCUGAAGGAGGAGAUGGCGGCAUGUGAAGAGCUGGGAUUCUACAAAACCGAUUCUUCUACCAAAGAGCCCAGUUCUCCAAAACCAGAAAAGGACACUGUGGAUUAUAAACAGGAAAAUGAGAGAUUGCUUCAAGUAAUUGCUGAUCUCAGAGAAGAAGUUCAAAUGAAUAUGAAAGAAAAUGCAAUGUUAGAAGAUGAACUUAUAUGCCUGAAAGAGAUUGCAGAACAGGAUCAGCGGACUAUUCAGAAGUUAAUGGACAGCAGAGACACACUGAGAUAUGAACUUGAUUGUGAAAAACUAGCCAUUCAAGAUCUGAUCAAUAAACAGAAAGAGGACAUAGAAAUAAGAAGGAAGUACGCCAGCAUAAGCAUCAGGGGUAUGAAAGCUGCGAAGGGAAGAGAAGGUUCUCUUUCCCCAUGGCGCAGGGGUAGACUUUCCAAGAGUGUGACAUCACCAACAUCUGGAGCUGAACCUGUGAGACUACCUGCUCUCUCCAGUGUAACACCUAUGGUGAAAGAAAAGAUUUCAAAGAAAACUCCAAAGCAAGAGAAACUCAAGGUAACGUUUACAUUGCCUGAAAUGAUACCUGAAGAGCCAGCGGAGAAAGUAAAGCAAUUUACGGAUGAAGAGAAAAGUCUUUUGGAGCAUCAAGUGGAGACACUCAAGACCACCUUAGAAAACCAGAAAAGGAAGAUGGACAGAUUUAGGAAGGAAGCAGACCAGAUAAACAAAAACUGGGAGAGGAAAUUCCAUAUUCUUAGGAACAGUUUUCAUGUCCUAAAGGAUGAGAUGUUCACUAGACACACACUGUUCCGCCAGUUCGUCAUGAUUGCUGAUACCUCCUUCAAUUACAUUAAAGUAAAGCCCUUGUAUGUGCAUGCUACGGAGACCUCCUCUUCUACAAGUGUUUUCCACUCACCUUUGGUGGAGCACAAGUUUGUGGAAAUUGCCAGUGAUCAGUCACCCUUUGCAUCUCCCUCAAAAGUGACGUUUGUAGGAACGUCGAGAGAUCAUUUGGAGAUGACACCUGUGUCCCAGCACACCCCCUCUAAACCUUGGGACCCUCAAAAUUAA